GGCUGCGGCCAGCGGGUCCUUUAUAGGGCAGCGCUCCGGGAAGCCUGGGCCGCCGCCCUCCCCAACAGCCCGCGACCGGCUCAGCUCCGCCAUGCGUCCCGGGGCGCCCGGGCCACUGUGGCCACUGCCCUGGGGGGCCCUGGCCUGGGCCGUGGGCCUCGUGGGCUCCAUGGGCUCGGGGGACCCCAAGCCUGGAGGCGUGUGCUGGCUGCAGCAGGGCCCGGAGGCCACCUGUAGCCUGGUGCUCAGGACUGAAGUGAGCCGAGCCGACUGCUGCGCCUCGGGCAGUGUGGACACCGCCUGGUCCAACCUCAGCUACCCCGGGGACAAGAUGAGCCUCCUGGGCCUGCUGGGCCUGGUGCACUGCCUGCCGUGCAGAGAUUCGUGCGACGGCGUCGAGUGCGGCCCGGGCAAAGCGUGCCGCCUGCUGCGGGGCCGCCCGCGCUGCGAGUGCGCGCCUGACUGUGCGGGGCUGCCGGCGCGUCUGCACGUCUGCGGCUCCGACGGCGCCACCUACCGCGACGAGUGCGAGCUGCGCGCCGCGCGCUGCCGCGGCCACCCGGACCUGCGCGUCAUGUACCGGGGCCGCUGCCGCAAGUCGUGCGCGCACGUGGUGUGCCCGCGGCCGCAGUCGUGCGUCGUGGACCAGACGGGCAGCGCUCACUGCGUGCUGUGCCGGGCGGCGCCGUGCCCCGCGCCCUCCGGCCCGGGCCAGGAGCUCUGCGGCAACGACAACGUCACCUACGUGUCCUCGUGCCACCUGCGCCAGGCCACCUGCUUCCUGGGCCGCUCCAUCGGCGUGCGUCACGCGGGCAGCUGCACAGGUACGGAUGCGUGGGCGGACCCCGCAGGGCGACCCCCCGAAACGCUCACGCGCCCGUUCCUCGCAGGGCUCCCCGAGGAGCCACCCGCCAUGGUGGAGUCCCACGAGGAGGAGGAGGAGGAAGAGGAGGCGGAGAACUUCGUGUGAGCUGCGGGAUCCCCGCGUCUAAUUUAUUGCCACCGUGGAGUCUAACUUAUGUCCUGCGGCUGCGGGGGAGCCCCCCCCCCGCAACCGCCCCAGGAUGUCUCGGAAGGAGUGAGGACAGGGAGGCCUGGAGCCCACGAGGCGGGUGGCCCCAACCGUCCCUCAGAAGAGGGAACCGCGCCCGACCCGCAGCCACGGGCUCUGCCGACCUUCCAGCAGCGAGAAGCCGGUGCCUGGGCCAGGAGGCAAGCAGGGGCAUGGCACGGGGCCCAGGAGGCAGUCCCAAGGCUGCCUCCCACCCCGUUUCCUGCUGGGGAGCUCGACAGGGUGAGCCCCGGUGAGGAAGUGCAGAUGUGGAGAGGGGCACUUCCGGACUUGGUGCCAUCAGGGUCUCUGGCUCUCACUCAGCCCCUAGCUCAGGUCCAGCUUUCAGCCCUUUCACCCACAGGGGUCGGCCCAUGGAGGACAUAGGGUAGGGAGGGGACCCUCCAGGAAGGGAGCUCGGUCACCCUGUGCCUCCCACAAGUGCCUUGGCUGGAGGACCUGCACCUGGGCACCCAGCCCCGCUUCCCAACUAGAGCCUUGCCUUACCAAGGAAAUAAAGAC